GUAUGGUUGGUUGCAAAUUGGUGAAGACUAAAGACUGAAGCUUUGUCUCAGGGAAAUGUGAGCUAAAGCUGACCACUUGAAUAGAUUCCUGUGAGUGAGAAAUGUCAUCCUUAAUCAAAAGGUACAGUAGAGAACAUCCACUACACUGGUGUCGUCGUGGAUGUCAGUCCUCUUCCUCACGUGGUUGUUGUGCAAGGGAUUUGUGAAGUUCGUUGUAACCAAUGGGAUCUGAUCAGCACUUGUCAUGGGUUUAUGACCUCGGUUUGCCUCUUUAAUCACUGUGAAAGAUCAAACGAAAAUAGAUGGAGGAAAAAGACGUCAGUGUUGUACCGUGAUCUGUGACCUCUCCGCCAAGCUAAAUCUGUCACCAGCAUCAACAACUUUCACGGUCGCUCAAAGGCUUAGUAUGAACAUCUUAUGAGGUUGAGACCCACCGUGCGAUUCCCCGAUCGAUUGGUCUGACAAGGAUUCAAGAACAGCCCGAGCAAAAUAUCACACAAGAUCACAAUACAACGGGAUUGCCAUCCGCAGUCAAGGAAACAAAUCAUGGAGGAAAGUUCCAAUGCCAAUUUCGCGGGGCUUCUGUUCAAGUUGUGUGCCUUCAGUGAAGAUUUUUCCCAAAGGAAGGCGGUCAAGAUUCAUCUGUGUUUGUCCAUCUUGCUCAACGUGAUUGUGAUCGCCUCAUCCGCCAUCACCUUUGGGAUCACCAUUGCCGAUCAGUUUCAACAGGAAGUCUACACCCACUUUGAGACCACAGACCUCGAAUCCGAAUCGCAAGUCGAAGCAAUCAUGAUUGUUGUUGCGUUUUGUCUCUGUUACUCAAUCAUCGGGAUGACAAUGGAUUGUUUAGCAAUGAUUGGCAUUCACCAUGUAAAUGCGAAAUUGCUUUUACCUUGGCUGUUGUGGUGCAUUUUCGAUGCAGCCACAUUAAUCACUACAAUCGUGGUUGUGAUUGUUUAUACCCAGAAUGCAAUGGCGUUCCUCCUCUUCAUCCGAAUCAUAUGGAAUGCGUUCAUAUGGAUUAAUCUGAAAGCGUUAUACCAAGAAGAUUAUCUAACGUGUCAAGAAGAAGUCCUAUAUUAA